AUGGUGCUUGCUGCGAGAGACUUGUCUAAACUGAGAAAUUUUUUGUUGGAUGAACAGUCAAAAUUGGAAACGUUUUCAGCAUUAUCAGAGAAUUUUCAGGAACUUUUUUUGAAGGGCGAAUUCUUUGGUAUUGGCAAAUAUCUUAAAAGUGAGAAAGCCUCAGAGGACCCUUUGCCGUAUCCAGUGAAAAUAUUCAUGCAUGCCCUUAUGCUUCAUCCGGAUCGAAGGAAUGAUCUCUUAAAGACUACACUGUUGCAAUUACUGAAUAUGAAUACUGAGACGACUUCACCAAAGACGUGUGACUGGUCGGUUUUUGGAAGUUUGCUUCAUAAGCGUUCGCUAAAGAUGCCUAAAGUUGACUCGUAUGGAAUUCCCUGUGUCCUUCCUGACGAAGAAAAUGUGGGCCAUGCAUUGGAUCUUCAACGCAAACGCUGUUUCGAGGCCCUACUUACCGACAGCGAGCUGCUGUCUGCUUUUCUUCAGCCACUUCGUCCUAGUUUCCUUCGACUUGCCCCGCCGCUGCUGCCCUGUCCUCAGGCCGGCGCCACCACUUUGAACUCGCUCGAAUUCUGGGCCGAGGAGCUCGUGUGGCUCAGCCCCCCCACACUCCAACACACCUUUCAUUGGGAUUCAUCCAUGGAUCACUCCACCCCCCCUCCCGAGAUUCAGCAGCUCGCAUCACUCGCAUUGUCAUCUCCCUUAUCACCAUCGCAAAAGGAACAACUUGUUCGAUCAAUUAGUCAAAAUCCCGGUUUGAUAAACGGAAUCGGUCUUCUGAGUGAAAACUUCCCAAAUUUGGUCAAUCACAAUCCAAUGGCUGCCUCUGAGAUUCUCAGAGCACUGUCCCUCCAUGCGGAACUAGAAUCGUUUUUGGAUGUUUUAUCAGAAAUGGACGUCAACGUACACUCGCUGGAGGUGAUUAAUCAAAUAGCGUCGCACAUGCCUUUGCCGAGGAAAUUCAUUCUCAAGUGCAUAUCUAAUUUCAUAGCAAGAUGCCAGAGCACCCAGGAUAAGAGUUCGCAGUCUCGUCUCGCCCGACUUGUUUGUCUGGUCAUUCAGGCAUGGGUGAGGAACAAGAUCCUCGACAUCACUGGCACUGACCUAUGGAAUUGUUGCAUCCAAAGUCAGUACGGGCUUACACGAAACACGGUCAUUUGGACUGAUGGCAAAGCGGCAGAAUAUUUUGGUCGAAAUACAGUCAUUCUGUCUGGAGUUUAA